GCUCCUCUUCAGCACACCCCCCUUUUGGGCAGCUGAGGCGGCUGUUUGGACAGCCGAGCGACUGUUGACGGCGCGACGGAGAAAGCGGGACGGAGAAGUAGCGGGACGCCGCCUCCGCCGGGGGCCACCGCAGCGGGAUUUAGCGUAAACUGCUUAGAGCAGCUAUGACACCUGCUCUCCGAGAGAAAGUAAUGAAAGGUCAUGGUAUCUGCUUACCCUCUUCCUUGUCUUCAAAAGCUAUGGAGUCCGGUGAAACGUUGGGCGUGGGAAAUGCCAAAACUGUCAAAGAGAAGAUAAAGGAGGAUUCCGUGGCCCAGAUCACUUACUCGGUUCUGGGGUUUCCCACCCCACCAUCCAGCCUCCAAAGCAAUCUCUUUGAUUUAAAGUGCUUUGCCUCCCAGUCUUCAAAACAUUACCCCAUAUUAACGAACUCCAAUUCUUCUCCCAGUAUAUACAAUAAGCAUUGUAUGCAGAGGAGCGGGGAAGAGCAAAAUUGUUCCAGGAUGAGAAAUCCUUUAUAUAACAGUGCCAAUACGCACUUUGGUCAGAUUCUUAAUUCCGAAACUAGAGAAGGGGAAAGUUUAUUAGGGGCAGCAAUGCAGAACUCUUCAGAGAUGGGGAAACCGUCGGAGCCACGUCUAACUGCAUCCAGCCGUGCGGAAGAAAGGCAGCUUCCUAACUCUAAAUGGCAAUGGAAGAAUGGUUUUUUGGGUAAGCCUAUAUCUAUAAAUACUGAGAUGAAAGAAGGAAAAGUGUUCCAUCAUUGCGAAGCCCCAGAAACAAAAAUAGACAGCGGUUCCUGUAGCAAAGAACAGGAGUUGAAUUUUCGCUUACUCCAGUGUGUAAAUAAGCAGCAGGCCUUGCUAAGCCGGGCCAAAAGAACUCAGAAGCAUUUGCAGAUCCUCUUGGCAAAGCACGUUGUCAAACUCUGUGACCAGCAAAUGAGAUGCUUUGUGAGACAUCAGCUGCAGAGAAUGAAAGCUUUCCAUAACCCCAACAGGAUGUCGGAUGGCAGUUGUCAUAGAUACGCUGGAAUUAAAACAGAAAGUAAUAAUCCCGAGGCGAGUGUGAGUAAACACUUGCAGCGGGAUUUCACUUUUGUCCCCGGUGAAAUCCAGCUGUUUGCCCGCUCCACGACCGGCCUCCUGUCUCAAGUGGAGAAGAGUCUGGAUUCUGACGCCACUUGUAGCAGCUCCAGUGAAGACGAUGAUGAGCAAGUUUCCAGAACAGCUGUGGCAAAAUUGAGUAAAUACAGAUCUGACUGGCAGUGGCUGGCGGACAGAGCUAAAAUUGGCUGCCGCUGGACAUGGCUUCAAGCACAGAUUUCGGAGAUAGAGUACAAAAUCCAGCAACUCACUGAUCUUCACAGGCAGAUCCGUGCCACCAAGGGAAUGGUGACCUUAGAAGAACUCCCAACUCCAAAAGACGUCCUGAAGAAGCAAACGCAACCGGCAGACAAAGAAGCUUUAUUGCACACCGCAGGGAAUUCUCAAGCCCAUCCUUUGAGGCAGGAUGCUUGGCCUGAAAACGAUUUUGAAAUGUCACCCAGCAGUCCGACUCUGCUUCUCCAAAACAUAGAGAAACAGAGUGCUCAGCUGAGCGAAAUAAUCAGCAGUCUGAUGGCUCCCUUCAGCCUUUCUCCCACGUCCUCUCCUCUCUCCUCAAAGCCAUGCAGACAGAAAGAUACGGUCAACGGCAUCUCUCUAAGAGGUGCAGGAACCGCUGAGGAAAUUUCGUCUUCCAGCAGUUGGCUGAUUGACCAGCAGCACCUGAAGAGAAGAAGGAAAGACAAGACAAGGCUUAGAGCAUCAUCUGUUUUGGUGGUGAGCACAUCUGCUCGAACCAGACCAGUUCAGAGUUUCCAGAGGAGAAAACUGUACAAAAUGAAGACUGACUUUGAUUGGAACCAGCAGGCUACAGCACUGAGAGAUGAUUUGCUUCAUUCUACCACAGAGAAGGUGGUUCCAUCUGGCGCUUGGAAUAGUUACAAGAACCGCAGCAAACAGUUUAUGUUAGAACUCGACUCUUCAUUCCAUCCCAUCUUAUCAUUUCCAUCAGAUAUUCCUCUUCACGUUCAUUUGAAAGCCUUGCUUCAGAAAUGUGACCUCAAAGGGGACCCUUUUGAAACUGCCACCCUUGGCUUGGAGUUUGAAAUGUCUCCAUCUGAUGAAUGUAGCCAGUACAAAGCUUCUCAACAGUGGAGCUGUGGACACCCGUCCAGUUCCAACCAUCAGCCUUUGUCAGAAAUAACCGUGCAGCUGCCGGAAGGAAGGAAGAAGAGACAUUUAAGCGAGACAGCAAUUGGAGAUGGCCACCACAGAUUCGAGGCCUUUCCCAUCCAGCAAGAACAGGAAUCCCACAACCAUUUCACGGGAACUACCAGCAGUGAGGUGUCUCGGUCUAGCGACGGUGCAUCAUCACAGCUCACUUCCAGACGGAGGCUGAGGAGUGAGAGCUCCUAUGAUAUCGAUAACAUAGUCAUCCCAAUGUCGCUGGUUGCACCAUCUAAAUUGGAGAAGCUGCAGUAUAAAGAGAUUCUCACUCCAAGCUGGAGAACCGCUAGCUUUGUGCCUUUGCCAAGUCUCCAUGAAGAUGAAGGAAAGGUGGAAGAUCUGUCUGACGAAGCAUUUUCUUCACGGCACGCAAAAUACGAAGAGAAAGAGCAAGCCCGGUGGUCGCUGUGGGAGCAGUGCCAGUGGCCCAAGCGCAACAGAACAUACAGCCGGAAUUCAGAGGGCUACGAUACAGCAAUGAAACACGACAACUCUGAUCUCGUGUACCAGUUCGGUGAAGCUACUGUUGACACUUCAGAAGCUGACGGCUCUCUCUGCUCAAGCAUCCCAUUCGAAAGAAGCCAAGAAUCCAUUUUGUGGGAACGUCGAACUUUUCCACUCAAGGAGGAAGAAGCAGAGGUGUUACUAUGCCAAGAGCAGAUGCCAGUUCAACACGAAAGUUCAGCUAGGCCCACCGACAAUGACUCUGACUGUGUUCUGCCCGGCGCCUUCUGUUUGCCAAACUGCCACGAACUCCACAAGAAAAGGUCUGCCGAGGAGCUGGCAGAUGGCAACCAGGUUGCCUUGGGGACGGGCGGCCCAAGAAGACAAAGGUGA